UCCCCUGACAGCUACCGGUAAACAUGUGGAAGGCCUUAACUCCACUACUCAUUCUCGUGGUCGCCACUGUGGCGCCACUGACUUCCGCCGACGAAGGGAAGUACUCCACCAAGUACGACACCGUAGACCUGGACGAGAUCCUCAAUAAUGAUCCGCUCUUCAACAAUUACAUUGACUGCCUGCUGGACGAUGGUGACGAACGAUGCACCCCAAAGGGUAAGGAACUAAAGGGAGUCAUUCCGGACGCCUUGCACACUGAGUGUGCGAAAUGCAAUGAUAAGCAGAAAGCGAGAGUGGAUAAGGUUGUCAAGUUCAUAAAAGACAACAAGAAGGACGCGUUUGAGAAGCUGAAGGCCAAGUACGACCCCGACGGCACCUAUUUCGAGCGCUACGAGCACCAUCUGAAAGAACUUUCAUAAGCGAGCUGCACCACAGAGAACACCAGACACCUAAUUGGACGCCUUGUAUUCAUUCUGCCAACUCUCUUCAGAAGAAGUCACAAAUCGUUGACAACUAAGCAAUAACGACCAUUGAUCAUAUGAUGUCACUUAAUGUCCUUACAAAUGUGGUAACAAUUUCCUUAUGACAUUUGCAUCUGCUGUUGUCAAUUUACUACAUUACGUACACUGCUAAGAGUUCCAUCAACGUCUCUAAGUCAAGUUAUCAGAAUACCGACUGGUCCGAUUUUUAAAAAUGUAAUUGUUCUGAACUGUAGUUGCAUUAUUCAAAAUGAAAGUUUCUGCUGUUUUCAGUUCAUUGAAUGGAAAUUCUAAGGAGUGUUUUUUUUUAUCUUAGAAUAAGAAACCAUCUAGCGCUACAGGAUGUAUUUGUCAUACAUCAGCUAACUUUUAUUGUAUAUUAGAUAUUCAUUUCACAUACUCUGUUGUAUAUUGUGGUAAAAUGUACUAUUGACUGUAAUGCACUCUUCGAAAUAAAGUUUAUGUGUGUAAUUAUUAGCUGUUUUGUCUUAAUAACAAGCCACAUAG